CAAAUAUUAUAUCACAAUCUUUAGUUAAUUUUAAUGAUUAUUUUGUUGAAAAUUUUCAUAAUAGAUUACGAGCAAACAUUAAUGCUAAUUAUACUGCAGAUAAUAUUAUUGAAGAAUCAUAUUUAUUAGAUAUACAUGAUAAUCAAUUAUUUAAUACUUUUCGUAAUCAAAAAACAUAUCCAUAUACGCCAAAUCAAUUAGAUUAUUUAAUUAAAAAAA